GCAACUGGCAGACAGAUGGUGAAGUGUGGAAGUACAACGAGGGGAAGGAGAACCGAGGAGAGAUCAAGCAGCUAAGAGGUCACUGCGGAUACAAUGAGGACCAACAGAGCCUGAAGAGCAGACCACAAGCAUGUUUCUAAGGAUGAAGCCAGUCACAUGGGAUAGCCAUGUUUUGUCUCCAUGACAGCUAUGUCACUCAGCCCUCUCUGCAGUGACCCUGCACAGCAAAGGAUGCUGGGAAAUAAUGAGCACUUUUAUCCCGGUCAGGAUGACAAAGAUGGGGAGGAUGAGGAGGAGGAAGAGGAGCUGGUGAGAGAAAACAGAAAUGGGGAAGGUGGACGUGACCAAGAGAAUGGAGGGUUAGAUGAAGAGAAGGAGAUGAAGGGAGGACGACAAUCCUGGGAAGGGAAAGGUGGCGAGGUGGUCAAACCAGCAGCCAUUGUGGUCGGGAGGCAGAGAGUAGAAAGGCCUCUAAGGCCAGGUAACCUCAGCAACCGGGGUUCCACUUACAUACCCAGUCAAUUUCCUCAUCAGCCACCCAAUAAGCAACAGCAUCAUCUAUUCACGGCCAAUCAUCAGGGUCAUCACACAGGCCUGAAUGCGCUGCAGAAGAGACGAGCCCUCAUGGAACGCAGCAUGACCAUGGUGGCUCCGCUGGAGGACACUUACCUGACCAUGAUGGUGUUUCGCAUUGGAAUUCCAGACAUCAAACAAACGAGGUGUCUCCAGUUUGACCAGGACUGCACAGUGUGGAAUGCAAAGCAGCAGAUCAUCUGCUCCCUCAGCGAGUCGCUGUGGGACGUCUACAACUACGGCCUCUUCCAGCCAGCUGGAGAUGGACGGGACGCCAAGUUCCUGGAGGAGGAGCGAGCCCUGCGUGACUAUUCCCAGAGCUUUGAGAAAGGAGUGCCAUACCUGGAGUUUAGAUACAAAACCAGAGUUUAUAAACAGACUAAUUUGGAUGAAAAGGCCCUCACCAAACUCAGCACAAAGGCUAGUCUGAAAAAAUUCCUGGAUUACAUUCAGACUGGAGCUGUAGAGAAAAUGGCAAAAGUCCUCGAUAAAGGUCUCGAUCCAAAUUUUCAUGAUCCUGACACUGGAGAGACCCCCCUAACUGUGGCUGUGCAGUCGGGCCUAUCAGUGGAGGGCAUCAGGGUGCUGUUGCAGGGCGGCGGUCAUUUCGACUUCAGAAGCAGAGAUGGUCUGACACCAGUGCACAAAGCUGCCAGGGCUCACAAUCACGCUGGACUGUUGGCUCUGUUGUCACUAGGAGCGUCUCCAGACUAUAAAGACCGCUGUUGCCUGACCCCGCUCUACCACACCGUACUGGUAGGGGGCGACACCUCCUGCUGCGAGACCCUGCUGUACUACAGGGCAAAGCUGGGGACCAGGGAUGACAACGGCUGGGAUGAGUCCCAUCAGCACAGGGAUGAAGAGGAGUUUGGAAUGGAAGAAAUACACAAGGCUUGCCAGAAUGGCUUUGCCCAGCACUUGGAGCAUCUGCUGUUUUAUGGGGCAGACACCACUUCGCAAAAUGCCUCAGGGAACACUGCUCUUCACAUUUCUGCCCUGUACAACAAGGAGAGCUGUGUACGUGUUCUUCUGUACAGGGGGGCAAACAAGGAAGCAAAGAACAAGCAUGGUCAAACCCCUUUUCAGUUAGCUGUAAUGUCUGGCCACUUUGAACUCGGGGAGCUCAUCAAAAACCAUAAAGAUUCAGACGUAGUGCCCUUUUUGGAAUCGCCCAAGUAUGUUCCCAAGCGAAAAGAGAGCGCCCACACGCUGCCUCUCCCCUCGCUCCACUCUCACCCCCUGCUGCGUGCUAACAGCGAUAACAGCAUGACCCAGUCCGACCCCCUCUUCAUGCCCAACAAGGCCGCAACCAAUCCCAACCCUGGACAGGGCCAGCGCAGGGCUUCCAUCGGUAUGAGGAGCUCCAGCAGCCCCAGAACUCGCACUCGUUCCCCGUCCAGGGGGAGAGGGGGUCAAAGUGACACAGAGGAGAGGCACAGGCAGCCAAGAGGUCGACAGGGUGCGACCUCAGCGGGCGGUGGGGGUGGUCAGAUGAAGCGUAUGUAUAGCGCCGUGCCAGGGCGGGUGUAUGUGGCCACACGAGCCCACUCUGCCAGUGGAGACAGAGAACUGACACUCAGCAAAGGGGACAAAGUUAAAGUUUUAAGUGUAGGAGAAGGUGGAUACUGGGAAGGAACAGUAAAAGGUCGCACUGGCUGGUUUCCUUCAGAUUGUGUUGAAGAGGUGGCUUCUCUCAGUAAGGACAAUCGAUCAGAGUCACGCAGUGAGAAAGCCAAGAGGAAGCUUUUCCGUAACGUCACUGUCGGAGCGUACGACGGCACUGAUGGCCCCAGUGACUACAUCAUUAAGGAGAAGACAGUGCUCCUACAGAAGAAAGACAAUGAGGGUUUUGGCUUUGUACUUAGGGGAGCCAAAGCUCAAACUCCAAUAGAGGAGUUCACUCCGACGCCAGCGUUCCCCGCUCUGCAGUACCUGGAGUCUGUCGAUGAGGGGGGCGUGGCGUGGAGGGCCGGCCUGAGGAUGGGGGAUUUCCUCAUCGAGGUGAAUGGCCAGAAUGUGGUCAAGGUUGGCCAUCGGCAGGUGGUCAACAUGAUCCGACAGGGGGGCAACAGCCUCAUGGUUAAAGUCGUCAUGGUUGCUCGAAACCCUGAACUGGAGGACACUGCGCGGAAGAGAGCCCCGCAGCAGACUAAAAGACUGACUCCUCCUGCUAUUGCCCUGCGCUCCAAGUCUAUGACAUCAGAGCUGGAAGACAUGGUGGACAAAGCUGCCUCUCCAUGGAAAAAGAAAGCAGAAUACGAGUCCUCUCAGGGUCCUGAUAAGAAGAGGACAGUCUAUCAGAUGGCACUAAAUAAACUGGAUGAAAUCUUGGCAGCUGCCCAACACACCAUUACAUCAGACAACCAGGGCCAGAGAGGUCACGGGGGCAAAAGGGAUCGGAGCAAGAGCAUUGUUCCCAAUACCUCCAACGAGCCAACCUUUGAGCAGCAAACAGCAGUGAGUAUGGUGCAGCCUGGGCCCGGGUUUGGCUACAACCAAGCUCAUUUUCAACCAGGACACGGCCCUCAACAUGCAGUCAUGAUGCGGCAGAAAUCUAUCGGUGUAACAGAGGAGGAGAGGCAGUAUCUGCACCCACCUGCCAUGAAACUGUCUCGCAGCCUUUCUGUGCCAGGACCAGAAGAAAUCCCCCCACCCCCAAAUACAUCAGCCCCUGAACCACCGUUGUCAGCAGGCCCUCACCCUGGGAGGGGUCCUGCUAUGCCCAUCCCGCCUGUAUCCCAAGCCCACUACCAGCUACAGUCCCAACCAGGACAUCCCACCCAGGCAGGCUGGGAUAGGGGAGGACCUGGAGGGAUGAACCAGCAGGUCAUAGUCCCGACACUUCGCAGACAAUCGGAUGGACUUGCUGUCAGGGAGACAGAGGCACCAAGGAGAGGCGGAGGCAAAAUGGGAGGGUUAAGGAGAGGCUACAGCAGUGCUACACCACCAACAAGUGCUAAGCCUAAGGCCCAACAAGCUCCGCAGCAUCACCCUCACAUGGUCAGCCGGGAUCAGGCAGGAGGGGUUGGCAGGGGGGCAGCCAGAAGGGGUGGGAGGGGCGCCCUGAUGAAACAAUCAAAAGUAGAAGAAGGGCUUAGACAACACAGAGGAAAAGGAGUAGCAGCGAAGGAGACAAGCUCUAUCCCCAUCCCCACUAUCAUUGUCAAAGCGCCUUCGACCAGCAGCAGUGGACGGAGCAGCCAGGGCAGCAGCAUGGAGGCCGAACCAUCACAGGAUGUAGAUGACAACGCCUCUGCAGACAUAACAACAGACAGCGCCAAUACCAGUCUACCCUCACCACUCACCCCCUCACCACCACAGCCCCCCAUCUCCGCCACUUUACCUUCUUCAACUGCUGCACCUCCUGUUUCCUCACAGCAAAACCUGGAAAACCUGGACUACACUUCAACAUUUGCCUUAGGAGGAGGAGGAGGAGGAGGAGGAGGGGCACGCAGGGAGAGGGAACGUUUCCGAGACAUGAGAAGAAAGAGUGCUUCUUUCUUCUUGUCGUCUGAGGAGGAUAUUCAAGGAGAAGCAGGAGGUGGAGUAGGAGAGGUUGGGGGAGCAUUUGGAGCUAGAAUCCAGCCUUUACAGAGCUCUCAAAUGGAAGUGCCCACCCCUCGUCUACGGCCUUCCAAGUCUAUAGAUGAAGGCAUGUUUUCUGGAGACAGCUAUGUCAACUAUUCCAGCAGCAUGCCCCCAGCCUUCGGUCUGCCCGAGUAUUCUUCCCCUAUUACCAGUCAGGACGGCCAGCCCAAGUCGGCUCCCUCCAUGUAUGGCACACAGCCUGCUACUACCUUCAUACAUCCACUCACAGGGAAGGUUUUAGACCCCUCGUCCCCACUUGGCCUCGCUCUGGCUGCAAGAGAGAGAGCUCUGAAGGACGACCGUAGGACGCGCCGUGAGGAUAGACACUUUGGUCGGCAGCUGUCGACUGUAGGAUCCUUUCCAACCCCUGUUCAGACUCCAACGCCUUCACUUUUCGCGACCCCUACCCAGUCAACAUACACCUCACCAGUCUCCCUCCACCUAACCUCCCCGACAACCACCACCUCACCUGCAUCACUCAGCCGGCCACAGUCCCCAAGGAUAUUACGUCUGGGAGGAGGAGGAGGUGGAGAGAGAAUGGAGAGAGAAAAAGAAGGAGGACCAAGGGAAGGUCUUAGAGUUCGCUUCUCAGAGGACAGAACUAGUCAGUAUUCGACUCAAUAUUACCCACAAAGCCCCCGUGAAAAGGAAGUGUACGACAACAGGCCCGCUCCACCAAUACAACCUCCCCCACCACCCGCUCAGCCUGCACCUCGCAGACCUUCAUUUCUGCAGAUGGAAAGUGCUCCUAACACCAGUUACAUUCCCCAGUACACUGUCCCCACUGCACCAACUCAGACACAUGAGGCUAUGGUUGAUGCAAGAGCAGGCUCAGCUGGAGGUUUGGGACUGAUGGUCCUCCCUCCUCCAGCUCCCUCAAUAGAUGCUGACGAUGAGUUUGUUUUUGUGGAUCCCUUGCCACCACCUUUACAGUUUGCAAAUGGAAAGAAUGAGAGGGGCCAGGAGCUUCCUCAGCAGCGUCAUCAGAUCCCAAAUCAACAUGCAUCUGCUGCUCCACCUCCCCCACCCCCUCUUCCAUCCCCUAAGAUCUCCAAUGCUCCCCAGUCUUCACAAGGUGGUGACUCUGCUGCCUCCAGCUUGACCUCCUAUGACAGCGAGGUAGCUACGCUUACACAGUCAGCAUUUUCACCAUCUUACCCAUCGCCUCAGAUUUUCCAGACAUCCUCCACCUCUGCCACCACCUCUGCUACUGCUGCAACUGGUAUUCUGCCCUCUGCGUCACUACACAGGCCACAACCCAUGUCGUCUCACCCCUACUACAGCAGCCCUAAUGACCCAACUGUAGGCGGUCACGCCCUGACUCAAGACAGAGGCACAGCAGCCCUCACCACCACCAUGACAUACGCCACCACAACCAUGACAGCCACAGCAGCAGCCACUACUACCACAACCCCACCGGCAACCUCUGACUACAACAUGAAUAUGGCAGGGCCCAAGGCUGGCCUCAACACGGGAGGCAGAGCUGCCGACCACACUCAUCACCAGACUAUCAUACCCAAGACCGGAGAGUGGCAAGAUGCUGUGGUGGAUUCUGGGAUUGAAGAGCUGGACAGCCACAGCAGCAGUGACCAUCAUUUAGAAAUGCUGGGUUUGAGUGGGCUGAGAGGAGAGAGGGGAGGGGUGGGAGGAGAAGGAGAGAAAGGAGGUGAGCAUCAGGAUCUUUGCACAUCCUACUCAGGUGGGCAAACAUUUGAGGUUCACAGUGCCAAAAUGGCAAACCCUGUGUUUCCAAAGAUGACUCAUUACAAGGAAGGAGGAGGGAGGGGCCUGUCUGUAGCACUACGCAGGCAGAACAGCACCAAUCCAGCUCCCUUACAGCUGCAGAGACAAAGCAACCCUGAAGAUGCCAGGUUAGACGGAGUUGUCGCAGAUGAGAGGAAGAGCAGACAGAGUCGAAACAAAAUGGAAGAUGGCUUUAGCUCUACGCUAGCUGCCUGCUUAGAGAGACCGAUAGAGGCUCGGCAGGUAGGCUGGGUUGACAUUGACGAACAUGAUCAAGGCAUGGGAAGAGUCCAGAGAGCGGGUAUAGCUUUGGAGGGGCGCAGGCUUCACUCACCACUUUCAGGUGUUAAAGCUAGCAUCAUCAAUGAGCUAAGCUCCAAACUGCAACAGAUGAGUGGCAUGAAAAGCAUGGAUGACUGGAGCCACACUCCCAAGUCACCUACCAUGCAUAGGUAUUCGGCAGACUACACUGAUGCGUUUCACAGCCCUCCCACUGGUCGCUCCACCUCACCUUUACCAACCUCCUCCCCUCAGCACCGUCAGAUCCUCACACCCAAUCUGUCGGCCACCCCUUCUGUCUCCCCUUCCCCUCAAGUAACAGUUCAACGUAACUGGACCCGCUCUCCAUCUCCACAAAUGCCUUCCUCCCCAGUUCAUUCCCACCCUCCCCACUCUCCAACGUACUGUCCAUAUCCAACGUCACCAAAGCAUCGGUCCAAGAUGCGAAGGCAAACUUUUGAUUUCCAGUCCAGUCCCACAAAGGAGAUGCGCUCUGCAGUUUCCCGGCGUCGCGCUCCAAGCCCUCUUAUCUAUAACACUGAACAGCCGAACCCCACCCCUCCCAGACCCUCCUCCCUCCCCAUCCUUCCCAGUACACCUGUCUAUAGCAACCCCUUUGAGUUUCCCGGACCCCUCACUCCUCCUUCUCCUGGUCUUCCUCUAGGAGACACCUACAAGUCCUCAACACCUCCACUUUUCUCUCCAUCUGGUGUGCCGAGUCCAAACCCACUACUCGUCUCACGCUCUCUCUCCCCCACCCAUUUUCUCUCUGGGGCCUCAUCCCCCAUGCACCUACCCCCCAGCCCGUCAUGCCUCAACUAUCCCCACCUCACCGCUCCUCCACCAGCCAAACCCUUCGCUGUGAAGCCCCUCCCCUACUGGACCAAGUACGACGUGGCUGACUGGCUGGCUUACCUAAACCUGGCUGAACACACGGAGCGUUUUAUAGACAAUGAGAUAGACGGCUCGCAUCUGCCUUCGCUAACCAAGGACGACUUCUUGGACCUGGGAGUGACACGUGUGGGUCACCGAAUGAACAUCGAGAGGGCACUGAAGAAACUCACUGACAGGCGGCUCUCCUCUCCUUUGCAUGUCAGUACUUCUCCCCAAGACACAGACUGAGGGGGUGAUUCUAAGAUGAAAGUAAGGGAGAGAAACUAAUUAACAAAGAUGAACGAUAUGAGAAGACGUUCAAGAGAAGAACUAUGGACAUCAACAGGAGUUUGUGUUUAAAGACUAAGGGCUGCAAAGUUGCCUAUUUAUAGAGAACACACAUUUCUGGAAAAAGGAAGAAAGAGUACAAUGUGAAAAUGAAAUGCUUCAACUGAAAAUGUGCUUCAAACUUUUGAUGGACAGGCAUUUAAUUAAGACACCGUUUUGUGCUGUAAAAGACAAACAGAUACACACACUCCUAUGCUCACACACACUGACAGAUGGACUCUCACACCAUCUGCUGCUUAGCAGCACUAAGAUAUCUUCAGUCUUAGUUCAAAGAAAGUCCAAAAGUUGCUGCUCUAAAGGGGAAACCCCAGUAAGAUGUUACUGACUGUGGCAGAACCAGAAACUGUGGUGAAAACAGAACCGUAAAGGCCACAUCCUACCAUCAGUUUUGUAGCUUUAAGCACAUCAGAGUUUCAAAUAGCACUGGAUCCAAAGUCAGAAUACAAACAGGAAGGAUUUGUUUGUACAUGAUGAUAGAAAAAAAUUAUAGAUUACAUUAGUAUUCUUUAUAUAUUUGCCAUGUUCCCCCAAAGGAUGCCCCAAUAAGCUUUGUAUGUAUGUACUUUGCGAGCUCUAAAUAUAUCUUCUGUGUUAAAUGGGAUUCACUAUCAGUAGAACCAUUUGUUUUGUACUAAGUGCUGAUUGCAAUCAUUCAGCUGGUCAGGGUAUUUUUAACUGUUGAAUUCAAGUUGUGAGUAAUAAGGAUAUACAAAUACUGGAGAAAAAAAAAAGCAUUGGUGUGCAAUGAACUUUAUUUCAUUAUUUUCCUGAUUACUAUAUAGAAAAGAGUAAACACUGGAGAAAAAUUGAAAACGGUUUGCAUGUCAUUUCAACCUGCAAAUCACCUUUUCUUAGGCUUUAUUAUGUGUUUAUGGCCAUAGCACAGGUCAAGGGAUGGAUCCAUCCUUUUUGAUGCCAUAAUGUGGAGCGCUCUCUCUCUCACAGCAGGUGCAGUGAUCAAAAAGGGCUUUUUACUGCUUCUCUGUCUGCCUGACUUCCUCAACCUUCAGCCUCUGUGAGUCUGUGUGUCUGAUUUUUGUGCGUGUGUGUUCGUCAGCCUGCCUUGGUGGCCAAAUGCUUUAUGGAACUUACACCCUUCUCUUUCUAAUGCCUUUUCCAAAACAUAUUUAUAACGGUCAAAAAACAUUGUUAUUAUUGUUAUUUUUUUCACCACAGGACAAUCCUAAUGUUUCCUUGUUCCACACAUGAACCCUUGAAUUGAAAAACUUUGACCCACUUUUCAGAAGGAUGUUUUCAGAGAGAUAAAUUUAAGAUAAAUACUGUAUACAUAGAGGUGAACAUGAGCUCACUGAAUUUUUUAACAUGCCACUUAGCCAUUCCCUACAGUGGUUUUAACUGUAAGGCAAAAACACAUCAUGUAUAGAUCUAUAUGUAAUGAUGAUGACAAUGAUAACAUAAAACCAUAGUAUAAUAAUGAUAUUAAGUAUGUAAACAUUUUUAAGAAUCUCUGUCUUCCAAUUAGUGUGGACAAAUUCUCUGAAGCUUUGAUUUAUUUGUUUCAUUUUGGGUUUUCUUUAAAUGCUUUCUAUACUGCUCGCCCUGUGGUGACCCCAGUGAAGCUGACAAUGCAUUUUCUCUCUGUGACUAUAAAUUACUGACUCUGUAUUCUCAUGCUGCCUCAGUGAUAUCUCAUGAUGGACACUACUCUGAAAAGUGUUAGGACUGAGCGGUAGUGUAGAAAGCAUUAUAUACAAUGAUUUAAAAGAGUAUUUUAGGUCUAGUGAAAUGCAUAAUGAAUAUGACUACAUACAGUAUGAGCCUAAGUAUGCAGAGGUAAAAGGUAUAUAUAUAUAUAAAUAUAUAUAUAUAAAAAUAUAUAUAAAGUUUUGUUUUAAAUAAAAUACAGUAUUUACUGAUAAAACAUAUGAUAGAGGUAUAACUAAGGUGUUGAAAUAAAUGCUAAAAUAAACUCUA